AUGGCGCCCAAGGGUCCCUUCAAGCUUGUUACGGUCAACACCGCACCUGAGCGGGCGAAGAGACUUAUCGGCCGCAUGACUGAGGCGCUCAAGGACCAGUACACAAUCGAUUAUGUCGCCAACUGCGAGACCAUCGCCGAGGUCGAGGGUAAGGUGAAGGAGCACAAGCCAGACGUCUUGUUCUGCGCAUCAAUGUGGACAGCGGAGGAGGCAGAGCAGAUCCAGGCAACCGCGAGGUCAAUUGUCCCGAACAUCAAGACCCACGCGAUUCCUCAUGGCCUGCAGGUGGAGAGGGGUCCGGAUGCUAUUGUUGAGCACCUCCUUGAGAAGGUUCCUCAGCUGCUCGAGAGCUAG